AUGUCUGCCCAAGCCCUAUAUAAUGCGGCCCGCGCCGCCGCUGAGGAAGCUCCGCGGAUACCGCAGCAGCUCGGCGAAACCAUGGCUUCCUCGCUCCCCUCGCUCCGCACCGUUUCCAAGCUUGCCCUCGGCGGCGCCCAGGUCCUGCUGGGCUCGGCUUCGUCGGCGCAUGCGGGCACCUCCAAGAGCUGCUCGGCCGACGGCGCCCUGUCGUGCCAGAACACCACCGCCCAGACGGACCUGUGCUGCUUCAACGCCCCCGGCGGCCAGCUCCUGUUGACCCAGUUCUGGGACACCCAGCCGGUGACGGGCCCCGUCGAUUCGUGGACCUUGCACGGUCUGUGGCCUGACCGUUGCGACGGCACGUACGACGCGUCCUGCGACUCCUCGCGAGCUUAUACGAACAUCACCGAUAUCCUGAAGGCAUUCGACGACACCGACACGCUUUCGUACAUGCAAACGUACUGGAAGGAUUACAGCGGAGACGACGAGACUUUCUGGGAGCACGAGUGGAGCAAGCAUGGCACCUGUAUCUCGACGCUAGAGCCGUCGUGCUAUACCGACUAUGAUGCGACCCAGGAAGUGCCCGAUUUCUUUGACAGGGCCGUCUCCCUGUUCAAGACUCUGCCAACCUACGAGUGGCUCUCUGCCGCGGGCAUCACGCCCUCGUCCUCCAAGACAUACACCUCGGCGGAGAUCCAGGCCGCGCUCAAGGCGAAGCACGGCCAAGAGGUGACGAUCGGCUGCAAGAGCGGUGCCUUCAACGAGGUCUGGUACCACUACAACGUUCGCGGCUCGGUUCAAAGCGGCGAGUUCGUCGCCGCCGAGCCCGACGGCACCAAGUCCAGCUGCCCGAGCAGCGGCGUCAAGUACUACCCCAAGAGCUCCGGCGGCGGCAGCACGUCGACCACGACCACGGCUACGGCUACGAAGACUACGUCCACCGCCGCCCCUACCAGCACCGGCUCCUUCUCCGGCAAGGGGAACCUCAAGGUCGCCGUCGACGGCGCGCAGAAGGGCUGCAUCAUCUCGGCCGGCGCGUGGUACACGACCGGCACUUGCGCGACCUUCACUGCCUCGGCUAGUGGCGAUGGCUUCACGCUGUCCAGCAGCAAGGGUAACUGCGGAAUCGUCGACGGCGGUCAGCUUACCUGCGGCUCGGGCGUUGGGGACGCCACCGUCUUCACGGCCGUCGACGGCGAUUUGGCGUACGACGGCAACACGGCUUUCUAUGCUGACUCGGUGCCGUCCGGGACUACGCAGGGCGCUGUCUACACGGGUGAUCACGAUGUGAAGCUCGUCAUCACGUGGGCGAGUGCAUAG